GUAGGCAUGAACGCACCCCAGCGAAGAGAAUUUCAAAGAAAAGAGAGAGACGAAAAGGCUGAGGAUGGUAAUAAUGAAAGGGUCCGUUACCAAUGGCGGGUUCCGCGAGCCUUCUGCUUCUUCUGCAACUCUGCAAAGUCUGAGAUCUAAACCCUCCCGCCAAACACAAGAACAAAGCAAAAAGUUACGGAUCCCCAGCAUCACCGAUCUCCAUGCCCAUUCCUCUUAUUUUUUAUUUCUUCUUCUAUCUAUCUCGUAACUUGACUGAUUGGAUUGGAAAUGAUUCUCCUUCUCUGAGUCUUCCCCUUCUCCUGUGGACGGUCAUCAUUCAACCUCGUCCAUCUCAACGGUCUGAUUUCUCUCGUCUAUUUCACUCAUUUCCGUGCCUAUAUCCUUCUAUAAUUAAUAUACACCCAGAGGUUCAGGAACUUGCAGUGGGAGUGUAUAGAUAUAGUAAGGUACUGUAAGUGAGCCCAACCCAAGCAUGUUUUCAUAUGCUGCGCAGCGCUUCCUCCGCCUGUGUUUCUUUCCAUUAUUGCCCGCUUCCUAUCUCUGUCAAUAUCACCUUUUCCGGAGGGAAUCAGUUUUGGAUAUGGGUUUGUUCACGAUGCUUCGUCGGCCUCUGCAUUUGUACGGCCAGGUAUGGAGACAAUGAGCGGGCGUGAAGCUUUGUUCCACAACCCAGGUCGUUGUUUUGGGUCUUUUAGGUGGUCGUUGCUUCUGACAUGGGCUGCGGAGCCUCCAAGGUGGACGAUUUGCCCGUGGUGAGCCUCUGCAGAGAACGGAAGGAGUUCCUCAAGGCCGCGUCGGAGCAACGAUAUGCUCUGGCUGCAGCCCACGUCGCAUAUUUUCAGUCCCUUAAAGACAUUGGAGGUGCGCUUCGCAAAUUCGUCGAUGAAGAGCUUGUAAUUGGUGCCGGGUCUUCGUCCCCUAGCUCUCCGGUUCUGACAUUGCCCUCUGAUGAAGGUAAAGGGAACAGGGCCAAAUUGAGGGGAAAGAACCCAAAUUCGUCUUCUUCGACUUCGAUUUCGCAUUCGGCACAUGAAAAUUCUCCCGGGCAAGAAGAGGUAGAGGGUUCUCACCUGAAUUUGUCAUCUGGUUCUGAUUCUGGUUCCAACUUAGAUUCUUCGUCUGGUCACAUUCACAUUGAGGAGGAUAGCCACAUUCAUGUUGAGGAAAGCCCGGGGGGCGAAGAGGGAGGACGUUCUUAUGCGGCUUAUUCUCCGGCCCAGGAUUGGAGCUAUUCUGGGGUAAAUACCUACGCUUACUACAUGAAAAAGUCUGCGUCUCCUGGAAAGUCAGUAGUGUAUGAAGAGCCAGAGAGUUAUGUAGCAGCAUCUGCGCAAUGGGCAGACCCAUCUUACGGGAACCAAGGUGCUUUCGGGAAUUCUGACUUCUUCGGUUUUCAGAUGGGUUCUCCGUGGCGAGGAGAUUAUCGAUACAAUCAUCAGCCAGGUCCGUCUUCGCCGGCUCCUCCUCCGGCGCCGCCUUCACCCCCUGUAGUGUCCUCUUGGGAUUUUCUCAAUGUGUUUGAUACUUACGAUAAUGGUUACCCGGGUUACUACCCACAGAGCAGAUACGGGUUUGGUUCUUCGACAAGUAGUCCUGAUUCGAAGGAAGUGAGGGAGAGAGAAGGAAUUCCAGAGUUGGAAGACGAAACUGAACAAGAAGUGGUGAAGGAUAUUGUCAAAGAGAAGAAAAAAAUUAAUGAGGACAAAGAACGAGUUAGAGAUAAAGAUUUCGGUGAAGGCACUUCAAAGGCUGUGCCGUUGCAAAGCAGUAGUGAGGGAAGUUCCAAGACAGUACCAUUUCAUGGCAGCGACAGUUCAUUGUCAGCUCAAGAAAGAGAGAUUAAGCGCAGUCCUGAUAGUGAUACAAUUGUUUCUGAAAGCUCUCCAGAAGAGCAGGUGCGGAAGAAGGGUGUGAGUUUUGAGGUCGAUGAUGCACCUGUGACAGCGGCUGAUGGGGAGUCUUCCAAGCUGAGUAGCUUAACUACUUUGUUUGCUCAUGGUACGAGGGAUCUUCGAGAGGUUGUUGAGGAAAUCAAAAAUGAAUUUGAGACAGCCUCUGGUUAUGGAAAAGAGGUUGCAUUGCUGCUUGAGGUUGGUAAAUCGCCAUAUCGGUCUAGAGCUGCUGGAUUUAAAGUUAUCUUUUCUAGGAUCUUAUAUAUGAUAGCACCUUCCAAGUUACCCUCAUUUCCUUCAUCCAGACCAUCAACAAACUUAUCUCCCAAGGCAAUGAAAUUGGCAAAAGAUUAUUGUGGGGAACCUGUGAAAGAUUUCAAAACAGCUCCUGGAAACCUUUCAUCUACAUUGGAGAAACUUUAUGCAUGGGAAAAGAAAUUAUAUAAAGAAGUUAAGGAUGAGGAGAGGCUACGAGUUGAUUAUGAAAAACAGUGCAAGAGACUGAAAACAUUGGAUGAUCGAGGAGCUGAAUCCGGCAAAAUUGAUGCCACUGAGGCAUCGAUCAGAAAGUUGCACACAAAAAUCAAUAUUUGUAUUAGAAGUGUUGAUGCUAUAUCGAGUAGGAUACAUAAACUGAGGGAUGAAGAAUUGCGGCCUCAACUUUCAGAGUUGAUUCAAGGAUUGAUUAGAAUGUGGAAAUUCAUGCUCAAGUGCCACCAAAAACAGUUCCAAGCAAUCAUGGAGAGUAAAACUCGGUCUAUUAAGAUGAACACUGCUUUGCAAAGAGAUGCAAGUCUGAAGGCUACCAUAGAACUUGAAAUGGAGCUCCUUAAUUGGUGCAGUCAAUUCAACAAUUGGGUUAAGACCCAAAAAUCCUAUGUUCAAAACUUAAAUGAAUGGCUCAUGAGGUGCCUUCUUCAGGAACCUGAAGAAACUGCUGAUGGUAUUGCUCCUUUUUCUCCUAGUCAAAUUGGCGCACCGGCAGUUUUCAUUAUUUGCAAUGAUUGGUGUCAAGCAAUGACUAGAAUUUCAGAAAGAGGCGUGGCAGAUGCGAUGAGUGAAUUUGCUCAAAAACUGCAUGAACUUUGGGAAAGGCAAGAUGAGGAGCAACGCCAAAGGAUCAAAGCAGAGUAUCUCACGAAAGACUUUGAGAAGCAGCUUAGAACUUUGCGCAUGAAUAUGGGAGGGUUAGUGCAUGAACAUGAAAAAUUUCCGGGCAAAAGUGCAUUGUCACAGGUUCCCUCUGACAGUGGUGUUUCACCACUAGAUGAUUUAAAAGUUGAUUUAGAUUCUAUAAGAAAGAGAUUGCAUGAAGAGAGGGCUAGACAUAAAGAAGCUAUUAAACUGGUUCAUCAUGCAGCUUCUAAUAGUCUAGUUACAGGUUUGGUUCCUAUUUUCAAGACAUUAGAAAAUUUCACUUCAGAAGUCGUAGCAGUACACGAGCAAGUCAGACUUCAAAACUCUGAUAACUCGUAGAAAAGCUUGUAUGUUGAUGGGUUUGUAGUGUGGGAGGUUUAGAGAGAAAGGGGAUGAUGCGUGACAUUUUGUACCUUAUGACAAGUUUUGCAGCUAGAUAUUUUUUCCCCCCAGAAAGGCCUUCAGGAGGUUUUGCUUGAAACAAGUUUCUGCAGUGAGGGUUUGGUGCCUGAUCAUGUUCAAUUUUUAUACCCUGCAGCACCCGUUCUAUAGUUAGGGGGAAAAAUCUGUACAGGAAAAUUCAUUUAUUUAUUGGUUGAUUGGUUGUAGUGAGACUGUAUAUGAUGUUGUCUUCAUAUGGGUAGGAAAUAGGAAAGAGAUCUCAGAAAAGUUUAACAAGGACUAGAGGGAGUUAAACUAUGCUCUAUUCUCAUGGCAAAUGAAAAGCUAUAUUGUUUUGUCCUGCA